AUGGCAUCGCCUGCUACUGAAAAGGAGAUUUCUCCUCAUCAGGAUGGUGUCGACAUCCAGACGUCCAAAGAUGCCACCACCGGAGGCGUCGUCGACGUCGACGGCGAAGGGGACGAAGAGUUGUCCAAGGGCCGCCGUGUGCUUAUCGAGAGUGCCAGAGCGGCCGCUGCCAAGGAACAGUCCAUGACUCUGCUCCAGGGCAUCAAGCUGUAUCCCAAGGCCAUUGCUUGGAGCAUGAUCAUCUCCACAUGCAUUGUCAUGGAAGGCUACGAUAUCAGCUUGGUCAACAACUUCUACGCAUUUCCUCAAUUCAAUGAGAAAUACGGUGAGCUGUACCCCGAUGGCAAGUAUCAAGUACCUGCCAGGUGGCAGUCUGGCUUGAGUAACACUACCUACCUAGUCACAAUCUUGUCGGAAGAAACAUCAGCGCUAACAGCUUGGCCAAAACAACAGGGCGCCACCGUCGGUGAAAUCAUUGGUCUCUUCAUCAACGGCUUCGUCUCCGAGAGAUUCGGCUACAGGAAAACCGUCAUGGGAUGUCUCGUCUUGGUCGCCGCCUUUACUGCCAUCUUCUUCACCGCACCCAACGUCCAGACGCUGCUGGUCGCCGAGAUCCUGUGCGGUAUCCCCUGGGGCAUCUUCCAGACCAUCACCGUCACUUACGCCUCCGAAGUCUGCCCUGUUGCGCUGCGAGGCUACCUCACCACCUAUGUCAACUUCUGCUGGGGUCUCGGCCAAGAGAUUGGCAUCGGCGUCAUCUACGCCAUGCUGAAGCGCAACGACCAGUGGGCCUACCGUAUCCCUUACGGUCUGCAGUGGAUGUGGCCCCUCCCGCUCUUCAUCGCCAUCUACUUUGCCCCGGAAUCUCCUUGGUGGCUCGUUCGCCGGGGCAAGGCUGAGGAGGCCAAGCGGGCGCUGCUCCGCUUGACCAGCCUGAACCGCGAGACCGACUUUGACGCCGACGAGACGGUGGCCAUGAUGGUGCACACGACUGCCCUCGAGGAGAAGAUCACCGCCGGUGCCUCGUACUGGGACUGCUUCAAGGGCGUUGACCGGCGCCGUACCGAGAUUGUCUGCAUGACCUGGGCCAUCCAGAACCUGAGCGGCAACGCCUUCUCCAACUACUCCACCUACUUUUUGCAGCAGGCCGGUCUCUCCACCAGGGACUCUUACUCGUUCGCCUUGGGCCAGUACGCCAUCAACAUGGUCGGCGUCUUUGGCGCAUGGGGCUUGAUGACGAUGGGCAUCGGCCGCCGCUCUCUGUAUCUCUACGGCCUCUGCGGCCUCUGCAGCAUGCUGUUCGUCUUGGGUUUCUUGGGUCUGGUACCAGAGUCGCACAGGAGAGAAGGCUCCCUCGCCACCGGAAGCAUCAUGGUCGUCUGGGCCCUCUUUUACCAGCUCACCGUCGGCACCGUGUGCUACUCCCUUGUCGGCGAGCUUUCAUCGCGUAGACUGCAAAUCAAGACGGUUGUGCUGGCACGAAACCUCUACAACAUCGUCGGCAUCAUCACCAACGUCCUGACGCCGUACAUGCUGAACCCCACAGCCUGGAACUGGAGCAACUACACCGGAUUCUUCUGGGGUGGAAUUUGCUUCUGCUGCAUCGUCUACACCUACUUCCGCCUCCCUGAACCCCGCGGCCGCACGUUCGCCGAACUCGACGUCUUGUUCGAGAAGAAGAUUAGCGCGCGAAAGUUUGCUUCUACAAAGGUAGACGUGUUCCACGAAUCUAUCGAUGAGAAGGUGAUGCAUCAAUACGAUGGAAUCAUGGAGUCGCAUAUUGAAAAGGUUUAA